UGGGCCCAAGGAGGGGGGAUAAUCAGAGGACCAUCUGCUCUGCAGACUUCUAACUGUGUUGGUGUGAGAGCCAGUGCUCCUGGCGGUGGUCCCUGAGCAAUGGAGGCACCUGUGCAGAUGGAGAUGGUGGAGCUAGUGCCCAAUGGCAAACACUCGGAGGGGCUACUCCCAGUUGCCACCCCUACAGCAGGCAACCAGAGGGUUGAGAGCCACAGACGGAGCUGUGUUGAGGGUGAGGGCUUCCUACAGAAAAGCCCCAGCAAGGAGCCACACUUCACUGACUUCGAGGGGAAGACAUCGUUCGGGAUGUCAGUGUUCAACCUCAGCAACGCCAUCAUGGGCAGUGGCAUCCUGGGGCUCGCCUAUGCCAUGGCCAAUACGGGCAUCAUCCUUUUCCUGUUCCUGUUGACAGCUGUCGCCCUGCUCUCCAGCUACUCCAUCCACCUGCUACUCAAGUCCUCAGGGAUUGUGGGCAUCCGUGCCUAUGAGCAGCUGGGCUACCGUGCCUUUGGGACCCCGGGAAAGCUGGCAGCAGCCCUGGCCAUCACACUGCAGAACAUCGGAGCCAUGUCCAGCUACCUGUACAUCAUCAAGUCAGAGCUGCCCCUCGUCAUACAGACCUUCCUGAACCUGAAGGAUCAUAUCUCGGACUGGUACCUGAAUGGGAACUACCUGGUGAUCCUGGUCUCUGUCACUGUCAUUCUACCCUUGGCACUGAUGCGGCAGCUUGGCUACCUGGGUUACUCCAGCGGCUUCUCUCUCAGCUGCAUGGUCUUCUUCCUAAUUGCAGUCAUCUACAAAAAGUUCCAUGUGCCCUGCCCGCUGCCCCCCAACAUCACCAACGCCACGGGCAACAUCAGCCUUGUUGAUGAGGCGCUGCUGCAGGUGGAGACUGAAGCUGCAGCCUUCUGCACCCCAAGCUACUUCACACUCAACACACAGACAGCAUACACUAUCCCCAUCAUGGCCUUCGCCUUCGUCUGCCACCCCGAGGUGCUGCCCAUCUAUACAGAGCUCAAGGACCCCUCCAAGAGGAAGAUGCAGCACAUCUCCAACCUGUCCAUCGCCGUCAUGUAUGUCAUGUACUUCCUGGCCGCCCUCUUCGGCUACCUCACCUUCUACGACGGGGUGGAGUCGGAGCUGCUGCACACCUACAACGAGGUGGACCCAUUUGAUGUGCUGAUCCUGUGUGUGCGCGUGGCUGUGCUGACAGCAGUCACGCUCACAGUGCCAAUUGUUCUGUUUCCGGUGCGCCGCGCCAUCCAGCAGAUACUGUUUCAGAACCAAGAGUUCAGUUGGCUCCGGCACGCGCUCAUUGCCACUGCCCUGCUCACUUGUAUCAACCUGCUGGUCAUCUUUGCCCCCAACAUCCUGGGCAUCUUUGGGGUCAUCGGUGCCACAUCUGCCCCGUGCCUCAUCUUCAUCUUCCCUGCCAUCUUCUACUUCCGCAUCAUACCCACCGAGAAGGAACCUGCAAAGUCCACCCCCAAAAUCCUGGCCCUUUGUUUCGCUGUGCUUGGCCUCUUGCUGAUGACCAUGAGCUUGAGCUUCAUCAUCAUUGAUUGGGUCUCGGGGACUGGCCAGCAUGGAGGAAGCCACUAGGACGACCCCUAUCCUGUUCUGUUUGCUCAUCCUAGUACCCCUGUCCAGACUUUUCAGCCCCUGCUCCCACCCAGUGGCCAGUCAGGGGACAGCAGGAAGACGUGGUUAAUGCUGUGACAUUUGGCCCUGCCCCACAUCCUCUCUGUGGAAAGUUUUUGUUAAAAAGCCAGGACCAAGGCCCUUGGGCCACUACCCUGCUGGGCUCCCAGGCUGUAGGGGCUUCCUUAGCUGGGGGCAGGGUAAGGCUGUACCCCUGCUUCCUUCUUGUUGCCUCAGAUCCCACCCGAGCUCCUUAUCCCUAUGCAUCCCAGAUGCAUACACUGAGGCCUAGCAGCUGCCUCUGAGGUCACACAGCCUGUCGGGGCACAUAGAGCUGGAACCCAGGCCUGCAGCCAUCCCCUGACCCUGCUGCUGGGCCACAGUUUGCACCCUGGGGCCUCAUCUCCCUCAGCCCUCUUGCUUUCCCUCCUUCUGUCCCCAAGGCCCCUUUCAGGCACUUGGGCUCAGGCCCCUUCUCCCAUCCUCUCCACCAAGAGCAGACCCCCUCCACCCUAUGUCUGGAGCCAGCAGUUUCUUUUGAGGGUGAGGCUGAUGUGGGUACCCCCAACGGACCCCUGCCCUGCCCCUUCACUGUCCCGCGGAGGCUGGGAUUCCCUUGACCUCAAGCUGGGGCCAUCGCUCAUAUUCCACUGCUGAGAGAAGAAAGAGGCUGGGGCCCAGAACGUCUCUGCCCCUGGGAGCCAAAGACCCCAGGGGCCAAUCUGGGGCAGGGGUGGAGAGGCUAGCAGCCCCCUUUUAUAAAUAUUAUAUGUA